AUGUUUUUGCCCCAAUUAUUGACGACCAUGCUCUAUUUUCAGCUGGUGAUCAUGGCGGGGACAGUCAUGCUGGCAUAUUACUUCGAGUACACCGACACGUUCAACGUGCACGUCCAGGGAUUUUUCUGCUACGACAACUCCUACACGAAGCCCUACCUCGGACCCGAGGAGACGAGCGCUAUCCCUCCCGCCCUGCUGUAUGCGGUGGUUGCAGGUGUCCCGACACUUGUGAUUACUAUCACAGAGACUGCGCUCUUUUUGAUACAGUACACAUCAAAAGAGCUGGAUACCCGAGAGAAGACCAUUGUGACGGGGGACUGUUGUUAUCUCAACCCGCUGGUCCGCAGGACAUUCCGUUUUUUAGGUGUAUACGCAUUCGGUCUCUUCACCACGGACAUAUUUGUCAAUGCCGGGCAGGUGGUCACGGGGAACCUGGCCCCCCACUUUCUGACUGUAUGUAAACCCAACUACACAGCGCUGGGCUGUCAACAGGCACUACGCUACAUAAGUCACCAGGAGGCCUGCACAGGCAAUGAAGAGGACAUCCUACGGGCCCGCAAAACAUUCCCUUCCAAAGAGGCAGCGCUCAGCGUUUACGCAGCGCUCUAUCUCGCUAUGUACAUCACAUGUACGGUGAAAGCCAAGGGAACCAGGCUAGCUAAGCCGGUCAUGUCCCUGGGCCUGAUGUGCUUGGCUUUCCUCACUGGGAUCAACAGGGUGGCUGAGUACCGCAAUCACUGGUCCGACGUGAUCGCCGGCUUCAUCAUUGGAGUGGCCAUCGCAACUUUUCUGGUUGUGUGUGUUGUCCAUAACUUCAAAGGCAAGCUGCUGCUGAAUGAGGAUGCCCCACAGGAUCACCUGGGUAAUAUGCCUAUGAUAAACAUGCCGAGAGUGGAGAGCCCUCUGGAGAAAUACAUGGCCUCACAGAUGGCGGAGUUGAGAGCAGAUGAGGUAGAUCUGGCGCCCCGUACAUUGAAAGAUCGUUUCCUGAAUUUCUUUGGCUGGAUAACGGGGACCAGACGUUUUAAGCACCUGCACAGCACAAGGCAAUAA